CCAUCAGGUGAGCCAGGAUGGGCGCUUACAAGUACAUCCAGGAGCUGUGGAGGAAGAAGCAGUCGGACGUGAUGCGCUUUCUGCUCAGGGUGCGCUGCUGGCAGUACCGCCAGCUCUCGGCGCUGCACCGGGCCCCGCGCCCCACCCGGCCCGACAAGGCGCGCAGGCUGGACUACAAGGCCAAGAAAGGUUAUGUGAUAUAUCGGGUUCGCGUGCGCCGCGGUGGCCGCAAACGCCCGGUCCCGAAGGGCGCCACCUACGGCAAGCCCGUCCACCAUGGCGUCAACCAGCUCAAGAUUGGCCGGAGCCUUAAGUCUGUUGCCGAGGAGCGAGCGGGGCGCCACUGUGGGGCCCUGAGGAUCCUGAAUUCUUACUGGGUGGGUGAAGAUUCUACGUACAAAUUUUUUGAGGUUAUCCUCAUUGAUCCCUUCCAUAAAGCUAUCAGAAGAAACCCUGACACCCAGUGGAUCACCAAGCCAGUCCACAAGCACAGGGAGAUACGGGGGCUGACGUCUGCAGGCAGGAUGAGCCGCGGCCUCGGCAAGGGCCACAAGUUCCACCACACGAUCGGUGGUUCUCGCCGCGCGGCCUGGAGAAGGUGCAAUACUCUCCAGGUCCACCGCUACCGCUAAUAUAAGUAAUGUUUGUAAAAUUCUUACCUAAUAAACAGUUUAGGACAUCCACGUCUGCUUAAAAGUGUUUUUUAAUCUGUCUGUUAAAACUAGUUGUCUGCAGAUUGCUUCAUUGAAUGCAUUGUCAAAUUCUGAAAGUUAAAGUCCAAUAAUGUUUGAAGAUUUUAAGUGAUGGUGUGUCUUGUUUCUA